UUCACUUUAAGUGAGAGUAGCGCAAACAGAAAUGACGUAGUGGAUCACACAGACCGAGCAGACGGAUGAAAACAAGGAAGUAGCUAGGAAACGAGUUUGAGGAUCAAUACACUGUUUUAAAAUUAUUUGGUUUCGACAAAGAACAAUGAACAACAAAGGGUCAUAUCCACAGCAGUCUGUGUAUCCUCAGCAGAGCACAGCACCUAUAUACCCUCCUGCUAUGCAAGUGCCACCACCCCAGGUACCCCCAUACACAGAUGCCCCUCCUGCUUAUUCUGAGAUCUAUCAGCCAAGGUAUAUGCACCCACCCCAGGUUACUGGCCAGCUACCUCCAAUAACCACUGCAUACCCUGCAACUCAGAUGUUUGUGCCCAUGCCCCAGACUAUGCCUGUUGGUGCAAUGACCCCUAAUGUUCCCAUGGGUUACUACCCCAUGGGACCUGUGUAUCCUCCAGGCUCUACAGUCCUAGUAGAUGGGGGAUUUGAUGCUGGAGCUCGAUUUGGCCCUGGUAGCACUGCUUCCAUACCUCCCCCACCUCCUGGACAUGCUCCAAAUGCAGCUCAGCUGGCAGCAAUGCAGGGUGCAAAUGUGAUGAUGACACAACGCAAGAGCAACUUCUUCAUGGGUGGUUCAGGAGGGGGUUACACUAUUUGGUAACAGUGAGAAGGACCUGACUGGACCUUGACCAUUCCCUUGUCUGGUGUUCUCUCUUCCCCUAUUUCCUGCCUCACUAGGGGCAGCUUGGCUAUGCCAUAAUAGUGAUACAACAGAAUGUAAUGUUUUAUAGUCCCCACUAACAGUACAGUACUUUGUUGAUGUCUGUCAGUUAAAAAUACUCUAUAAAAUAUUCCAAACUCCUACUUUUAGACCAUGUUUAUUUAUGGUUGGACAACAGAAUAACAUUUAUUUUUAGCUCAUUUCUAUCUAUGUGGCAGAUGAAUUAUAUAUGUUCUUUAAUUCUUCAUGAUGAUUAACAAAUUACCACACCCUUUCUACUGCUGUUCUUACGUUAGCUCUGCCUUACUAUCAUUUAUUUACACAUUGUAACAAUUAAAAUGGCUUCUAAUAAUAUUUUCAUUUAAUAACAAACAAUAACAGCAGUUAUAUAGUCGAAUAUUUUACGCAUUCUAAUUACAACAGAGUACUGUACUUUUGGGAAGGAGUAGAAAAAUAUAAUUGGGUGUCAAAAUUGAGCACCGCAACUUUAACAUUUACGAACUAAAAUGCAGUAAAUGAGCCCUCGUAUUUGA